AGAAGAGGAGGAGGAAGAAGAGGAGCAGAAAGUUCGUCCAAGAAGUGCAGCGGAGAUACCAGCAGCAGGACUACGACAUGUUUCUCUCAUGAGUAGAAGAAGUGGUUCUCUAUAGAAGAAAUAGAAGAUGCAUCGUCCUGCAGACAUGAUGUCUUCUCUGUGCGUGCAAGCGUGCAGGACAACACACCGUUACAGAACUUUCAUGAUGGAGGAAAUCCUCACGGAUCACCAACACCACCACCAACAACAGCAGCAACAACAACACCACCAACAACAACUACUUCAACAUCCACACAAACUUUCUGCUCCCACAGGAGAACUUCUCAAGUUCGGAGUCAACACCCUCUUGUCCACCGCAGCCUUUCACAGCAUGCAUGUGUUAAAGGCGGACCAUGAGAACCUGGUCAAGUUCUCCAUGUCUCCCCUCGGACCUCCGCUGCUGUCCGCCUCCUCGGCCCUGCAGCAGCACGGCGGCGGCGGGGCGUCUCACCACCAUGUGCCACUGGACCUGCACCUCCUGCGGGCUCACGCGGACCUGCAGGACGCCGCCGACGGCAAGAAGAACAAGAAAGGCCGCCGGAGCAGAACCGUCUUCACCGAACUCCAACUUAUGGGUCUGGAAAAACGCUUCGAGAAGCAGAAAUAUCUUUCUACUCCCGACAGAAUAGAUCUUGCAGAGUGUUUGGGCUUGAGUCAGCUUCAAGUGAAAACUUGGUACCAAAACAGGAGGAUGAAGUGGAAGAAAAUGGUGCUGCAGGGAGGCGGCUUGGAGUCUCCGACUAAACCCAAAGGUCGGCCGAAGAAGAAUUCCAUCCCCAGCAGCGAGCAGGAAAGAAAUGUUGCUGCUGCAGAAACGACCAGUCAAGAAUCGAACUCGCACUCGGACCACACGCAGCUGCAAUGACGUCGUCUACACGCAGCUGCAAUGACGUCGUCUACACGCAGCUGCAAUGACGUCGUCACCACGCAGCUGCAAUGAGGUCAUCAACACGCAUCUGCAAUGACGUCAUCACCACGCAGCUGCAAUGAGGUCAACACCACGCAGCUGCAAUGACGUCAUCACCACGCAGCUGCAAUGACGUCAUCAACACGCAGCUGCAAUGACGUCGUCACCACACAGCUGCAAUGAGGUCAUCAACACGCAGCUGCAAUGAGGUCAUCACCACGCAGCUGCAAUGAGGUCAUCAACACGCAGCUGCAAUGAGGUCAUCAACACGCAGCAGCAAUGAGGUCAUCGGCACGUCACCUUUUAACUUGAAACUUGAGGAUCAUUUCAAACAAGAUCCAUAAAUGUAGAUAAUAUUUGUAUAUUUGAUAACUUUAAUCCAGUCCUGAGUCAGCAACUCAACUCUGGUUUGCAGGAUGUCCGUCAUAAUAUUACACACUUUCAUAUUUGUACGUUAAUAUACUUUUUUUCCAUUAAUACGACUACAUCUUAUUCAUUCAUACGACAGUCAAGUCCAACAUUAUUUUCACUUUAACUUGUUUCUGCACUGAUACAUCAUGGUUUAUCUUGUGUACUGUGAUGCUUCUUGUACAACAUGGUAUUAUCAGCAAUGCUUCUGGUACAUCAUGGUAUUAUCAGUAAUGCCUGUUGUACAUCAUGGUAUUAUCAGCAAUGCUUCCUGUACAUCAUGGUAUUAUCAGCAAUGCUUUUUGUACAUCAUGGUGUUAUCAGCAAUGCCUGUUGUACAUCAUGGUAUUAUCAGCAAAAACCGCUGUACCUGCUGUACGUCAUUGUGUUUUCAGCAAUAACUGCUGUACAUCAUGGUGCUAUCAGCAAUGCCUGUUGUACAUCAUGGUAUUAUCAGCAAAAACCGCUGUACAUGCUGUACGUCAUUGUGUUUUCAGCAAUAACUGCUGUACAUCAUGGUGCUAUCAGCAAUAACUGCUGUACAUCAUGGUGUUUUCAGCAUACUCUGCUGUACAUCAUGGUGUUAUCAGCAAUAACUGCUGUACAUCAUGGUGUUAUCAGCAAUGCCUGUUGUACAUCAUGGUAUUAUCAGCAAUACCUGUUGUACAUCAUGGUGUUAUCAGCAAUGCUUGUUGUACAUCAUGGUAUUAUCAGCAAUGCUUCUUGUACAUCAUGAUAUUAUCAGCAAUGCCUGUUGGACAUCAUGGUAUUAUCAGUGAUGCUUCUUGUACAUCAUGGUAUUAUCAGUGAUGCUUCUUGUACAUCAUGGUAUUAUCAGCAAUGCCUGUUGUACAUUAUGGUUUUAUCAUCAAUGCUUCUUAUACAUCAUGGUAUUAUCAGCAAUGCCUGUUGUACAUCAUGGUAUUAUCAGCAAAAACCGCUGUACAUCAUGGUAUCAGAAAUGCCUUUUGUACAUCAUGUUAAUAUCAGCAAUGCCUAUUGUACAUCAUGGUAAAAUCAGCAAUAACUGCUGUACAUCAUGGUAUUAUCAGCAAUGCUUCUUGUACAUCAUGAUAUUAUUAGCAAUGCCUGUUGUACAUCAUGGUAUUAUCAGUGAUGCUUCUGGUACAUCAUGGUAUUAUCACUGAUGCUUCUUGUACAUCAUGGUAUUAUCAGCAAUGCCUGUUGUACAUCAUGGUUUUAUCAUCAAUGCUUCUUGUACAUCAUGGUAUUAUCAGAAAUGCCUGUUGUAAAUCAUGGUAUUAUCAGCAUUGCUUGUUGUACAUCAUGACAUUAUCAGCAAUGUUUCUUGUACAUCAUGGUAUUUUCAUCAAUGCCUGUUGUACAUCAUGGUAUUAUCAAUAAUGCCUCUUGUACAUCAUGGUGUUAUCAGCAAUGCCUGCUGUACAUCAUGGCAUUAUCAGCAAUACUUCUUGUACAUCAUGGUAUUAUCACUGAUGCUGCUUGUACAUCAUGGUAUUAUCAGCAAUACUUCUUGUACAUCAUGGUAUUAUAAGUAAUGGUGCUUGUACAUCAUGGCAUUAUAAGUAAUGCUGCUUGUACAUCAUGGCAUUAUCAGCAAUGCUUCUUGUACAUCAUGGUAUUAUCACUGAUGCUGCUUGUACAUCAUGGUAUUAUCAGUGGUGUUGUGUAGUGUCUGAUGAAAAACAAAGCUGCUUUAUAUAAAAGUUACCUUAAGAGUAUGAAUACUGUCGGGCUUGACUGAAUGAAACAGAUCAUCAGAGAAAUUAUACUUCUAAAAAUGUAAAUAUAUUUGUGUUUACAUCGCAUUAUUUAUAUGAUCUAUACAUAUUGUUCUUGUAUUUUUUCAAACAUUUAAUAUGCAAAAUUCAUACAUGAGUAAUCCAUGAAAAAAAGUCCUGAUUUCAAUGAAAUAUGAUAUGGUUUACAUUACAUAUAUGAUAUGUAUAUUUUAUAUUUUAGUAAGAUGCUUGAUUCUGUGUCUUAGGGGACAUUGUGUUCUUUCAUCUCUUUUGCAUUUCUUCUGUUUAUGAAUGAUUAAAUCUAUUUUUACAAA